ACUAGGAUAGAAUGGAAAAUCUUUACAUCGACGUGUGAACUGCGAGUUUCGUAAAGUCCGUGUUUUGUGUUUUCCAAAUGUCGAAAGUAACAUUGUGAAAAACAAAAAAGAAAAUCCCGAAUAGUGUUGCUAAUGUAUCGAAUUACGAUUGGUGAAAAAUGGCAUAUAAGUGUCGUGAGGAGGUGGUUGGUAAAAGAUUUCUGUCAGUGAGUGGAGUUUGUAAAUUAAAAUCGGGAAAAAUCAGUGAGUGGGGUUGGAGAAGUGGUGUUAUACGUGCUGCUACUCACAGGGAUAUUAAAAAUACUGACCUUCAGGUGCUAGUCGAAUACGACGAUGUGGAAUGGCAAAGACGCGAAUGGGUCAGCGUAUAUAAAGACGGACUUUUCCAUUUGUUUAUGGUAGAACAAAUGUUAAUUUGGGCUCACCGCAGGAAUCCUUUUCCUCCUUCGCAGGGCACUGUACGAUGGCCUGCACUGACAUUUUGUGCUGUGGUAUCUACUGUAGAUAUUCCAACUCAUCUUCAACCAGUUGAAUUUUUAGUUGAUCGUACCUUGGUUUUCAAAGACUAUAAGCAACUGAAGCCUUAUCAGAAUUGGGAUAGACCACUGCCAGGGGUGAAAGAUUACCCCGAACUGAAAUUAGCAGUUAAACGUUGGACAGAACUCCAAGACGGUCAAAGGAUAUUAUUGACCACCCCGAGUGUUUUAGUCGGAUAUAGAGUAGAAGUUUAUAGAGCCGAAGGUACCACGCAAUGGUACACAGCUGUGAUAAUUGGAUACAACGAAGCUACUAGGGACCUGACAGUAACUGAUGAUACCGUUUUAGAAGAACAUAAUGAAGAUCCUUCGCUGUUACAGAUGCGUCUUAUUGGCGACGGAGUUGUCGAGGCGAUUAUGCGUGGAGAAAAUGUUGGUGUUACGUCCAGAAGAUCGCGAUCGUCUGUUUUUCUCCAUCAGACCUCCAAAACCAGCACGCAUAAUCGAUCACCAUCUGUGACGUAUUCUGUGAGCUCGAGAAAGCCUAGAUCGGGUAGGACUGCAGUUCCAGAUCCGGGGAUCGCUCCAGAACCACCUGAUAAAGGUCCAUCUGUGAAAACUCGUAGAAGCAAAACCAGCGAAAACAAAUCGAAAUCUCGUAAUCACAAUACAAAAGAAGAUUUAGAAAACAAACAAACCCGUAGACGUUAUCCCGCAAACCGUACCACAAAUAAAAAGAAAGUUCUCGAAGAAACCAAUAACUCAAAACUUCGAGAAAUCGAAGUUAGAGUUGAAAAUUGUCUACAAGCGAAUUCCACACUUUCCUCACUCUGUCGGCUGAAACUCCAACAAGUAAUCGCAGACGAAGAAUCGCCGGAAUUAAGUCCCGUAGAUAAAUCGAAACAACAACCACCCGAAUCACCGGAUCUCAGUCCGGUAGACGGUGACGUUAGUAAUGGAAGUAGCAGUGUCGCUAGUGUCGAGUUAGUGAGUGUGAGUGCGCUUAGUGACGAUGUGCAGUGUGAAUCUAUGCCUGCAGCGAAGAAAGUGGUGAAUGGUGAUUUAACCGAAAGUGAAGAGGAUUGUGUGAUAGUGGCUCAAACCAGGACUAGUUUAACGACAAAUCAGACAGUGGAGCAAGGGGAUUGCUCUAUACGAGGUGACGAUGACGUGUCUUUGGUGUCGUCCUCACCUUCGUACGUCGUCACCAGAAUGGAUCUCGUCGGCGGCGUCAUUGGAGGCAUUAUGGAUGCAUCGUCGGCAUCAUCAUCGGCAGGUUUGUUACUGCGCUUUCCUGACGAUCGUUCCGAUUCGGGCGUGAGUUCUUUGCGUUCGUGCGUUAGUACCAGUGGCGAUGAGCGAUCUGGAUCGCGAUCGAGUGCUCUAAGUUCCACCGACGAACCAACCAAUAGUUCGAGUUCGUCAUCAUCGUCUUCAAGCAGUAGUUGUAACGGUGUAGGCGGUCUCAACGUCUCAACAGCCGUCUCUUCUGCAUCGUCGUCUUCUACGGGUGGUAGCAGAUCUCUUCUAUAUAUCCCCGCCUCUUCGUCUGCGUCAACAGUACAGCCGAGACACCAAGAAGUGAGCAUCGAGCCGGUGAGGGUCUGGAGAGACCCUAACCUGUUGCUCGAAGAGCCGCAUGUUCGGCACAUACACAGCGUUCAGCAUCAGACGCUACUAAUGUCACACUCUAAUACCCCAGCCAGCGCGUCAGCCGGCCCGCCGCCCCCCUCGUCGUCUGUAGCCUCAGUAGCCGCGGCCCAACACUCAACAGCCUCCGCUCUCGGCGCUUAUUCCGUUGUACCUCCCCCGCCGCCUUCGCUAAUGGCUCCACAUGUACCCCUCGCCAGUCAUCAUCCCCACUUAACCGGCUCCCAUACCCUAUACCAUUCUGCAACUCAAUUUGAUAUGUUGUGGAAGAAUAGACCUCACCCGGCUCCGUACGGAGUACCAGCUCAUUUAUUAGCCGCCGCCCAACAAACCAGUCACGCAACCGCCCAAGUUGCCUCCCCGGAAGAAUUAAUAGCCGAAAGAGCUCUCGCCUUGCAGGACAGGGAUCGACAAGAGAGGUUGUAUAGAGAAAGGCAAAACCAGGAAAUGGAAAAGCAAAAAGAAAAAAUAGAAAGAGAUAAACAAGAAAGGGAAAAGAUGGAAAGGGAGAGGCAAGAAAGGGAGAAGGAGUUGGAGAAGGAAAGACAAGAACAAGCGCUGCAUAAUCAUUUUGAAAAAUCUUUGAGAGCAGCUCAACCAAAGAGGGAACCGUGGAACCCUAUAACGGGUAGACCUACCCAAGCAAGAACAUCUAGUCUCUCUGAAGACGAUAGAAAAAGAGUGGUAGAGGAAAUGCAUCACAGGGAACAGCAGCAAAGGCACAUGUCGUCUAUUAGAGACAACAGAGAUCAUCGAUAUUAUAAUACUGUUCAAAGAACGGCUAGCAUACCCCCCAAAGUGGAAUACCCACCACCAGCUCAUCGAGGUAUACCAUCGAAACCUUCAGUAGAAAAAGUACCCGCAAUAUCAGUUCAUCAACCGAUCCCUAAGACGGAUUUAAACAUGUACGGUUACCAUCCAAGUAUCCAUUCUCCGAACACCUUCUUCGAACCAAAGAUAAAAUCAGAAAUGCACAAAUCACAACAAUCUACGGGUUUGGUAGUGACUAAAACCGGUCCAUUAGAUAGAGACGGUACCGCCAUGGUUAGCGAAAUGAAGAACUCUGUGAUCGUUAAACACGAAGCGAAAACUCCCCAUCAUUUAGAACCUCGCGUAUCCGUCGCCCAUUCUCUCAGUCCUAAAUUGAGGAACGAAAUGUUGGGACAUUAUCAAUGUCCUACCGGGCAAACUAAAAGUAUAUACGAGUAUAGGAGUCCGACGCAAUCGCCUCAUCACUUGUCUCACACGCCUAGUCCUCACCAUCACGUGGAAGCGCAAAAUUUGGGAAAAACGACCAGUCAUCACAGAUCUUCAGGUCACGUUUCAAGUCCGCAUCAUCAAAGACAAAGUCCGCAUCAACAACAUCCUCAUAGUCAACCCCAUCAAAGUCCAGAGAUAAGAUAUCGAACUGAUAACCAGGCUAUGCUUUACCACAGUUCAGCAAAAGUGAGUUAUCCUUUCACGACAGCCGGUUAUACUAUGCUCACUUCCGCACCUACGACCGUCUCCAAUUCCAAACCGAAAGUCAGUAGUCCUGCGCCUCAUCAGAUAUUUGGUAAACCUCCUAUAGGCGGUGGUGCAACUGUCGUACCAAUUACUCGCCCUUCUCACGAAAACAACUCCCCUAUUUCUCUAACGGCAAAACCGCCGCUUUCUUCUUCCGUUUCAUCGUCGCCGUACCAACAAGUGACGCAAUAUCAUCCCAUCCAUAACCAAACGACUACCGCAGUUAUGACGUGUCCGCCGCCAGCUCAUAGUCGGACGCCGAUAACCACGUCCGGCGUUAUGGAUCGCUUCGAUAGAUCGACACCAGGUUACGUACCCGCCGGACUCUCGGUUAAACUGGUCGGACCCGGAACGUCUCCACCUACAGCGACUUCGGCUCCACUACAGAUUACGAGGUCGCAUCAACCAUACGCCCCAAUUAUGAUUUCUAGUUCACAGGUUCAAACCCAACCGCUAGAUUUGGGAAUCAGUUCGAAUAAAGUAGACAAUAACCAAGCGGUGUCUCCAAAACGUAAAUCGAGUACCCCGAUAACCGUAUGCGGAGAUCCCGGAAAUCCCGUUUGUCUAGAAGUGAAAAAACGGAAACUAGAACCCGGUACCAGCACGUCACCUCCUACUUUAAAUAUUUAUAAUAAUUCCCCAACUCCACCGCAAUUGUCCAGGGUGAGCGAACCGAGCCCUUUGAUAGCUAGUGCCACUACGACGAUAACAACAGUCGUGAAUACUGCCGCAUAUAGGAUUCCGCCUACUACUACCAUGUCGUCAGUGGUACUACCCGAAAAUUUGCCCGACGUUAGUGUUACCGCGGUAACGGUGGAACCACCGCGUCCCGUUUCGGUCGGCGAUCAAAGUCCUAAACCCGCUACUCCGACGGUACCGACUAGUAGUAGUAGUCCAGCGCCUGUUAGUACCGCAUCGACACCUACACCUCCGACUAGCGUAACGCCAGGUCCUACCGACGAGCAACCUGGUACGCCAGUGAAAGUGAAUACGAGCAUGAUAGAUUCAGAAAAAUCAAACAGUCCAGGACCUACGAAGAGUUCUUCUAGUGGUAGUUAUCCCGUGAGACAUCUCAAAAAGGCCUGGUUGCAAAGGCAUACCGGUGAAGACGCGGAAGAUACUACGGGAGUAAUCGGUUCGGGAAGUUGUGUAACUUUACCAUUAAAUAUCAAAACGACAACGAGUCCUCCUCCUCCUACGCCCGUAAAAGAGAAUCCGGUUAAUUCUAUACAUUCUAUAGGUUCAAUGGCCGUUAACAGCAUAAGUAAAGUGAAGCAUUUUUCGAAUAAAACAGCAAAUAGAAAGGUUGCUAAAGAAGCGACAGUGAACGGUGAUGCGAAAAACGACGAUUCGUCUAGUAGCGAUCAAGAGCGCGGUAGAAAAUCACCGCCCAAAAGAAAACCACCUAAAGUGAAGCGAAAAAAAGGCGGGGGGUCCGCAACGAAGAAAGCCGUCGACGACAAGAAGAGGAAAAGCGGACCCCAAGUAACGCCGACGGCGGCCAGCGAAAGCGGAAGCGACAGCGAAAAAGAAAGCGGCAGCGACAAGGACAGCGACUCAGGAGCGAGCGGAUCAGCGCCCAGCAAAAAAUCAGGAAACUUGGGAGGCAAAGAACAACGAAAACGCGGUAGAAAACCGAAGGGGUCAAAAAACGACAAAGGCGAGGAGCCACGACCGAAAAAAAGUAAAGAUGACGACGUACCGCCCCCGCGUGACCCCUUUCGCAAACCACCGGUGGGGCAAUUGAAGAAAACCGGAGAGAGCUUCUUGCAAGACGGACCUUGUUUCGAGGUGGCACCCAAAUUGGCAAAGUGCAGGGAAUGUAGAUGGACGCCGAAUCAGCGAUCCAAAAAUAUGCCCAACAUAUUUUGUAGGUUUUACGCUUUCAGAAGAUUGAGAUACACCAAAAGUGGACAACUCGCUAUCGCCGGAUUUUCGGAUCCUCAUAAGGACGCAAUGGAGGAAGAUUUGAGGUUGUGGCUUCCAAAUUCUGAUAAUCCACCAUCCGAUCUCGAUUUAGAAACCUCUAGAUUUUUAUUAAAACAAGUCGGUGAUCAUUUUUGUGAUUUAUUGGUACAAGAAAAAGAAGCUUACUCCGAACAUUUAUCUGAAGAUAAAACAGUUGCGUGGAAACGUGUGGUACAGGGUGUUCGUGAAAUGUGUGAUGUAUGUGAAACAACGUUGUUCAAUUUCCAUUGGGCAUGCGGCAAAUGCGGUUUUGUCAUUUGUAUAGAUUGUUAUAAGAGUCGAAAAAGAGGCACCGUUAAAGUAUGGAGCGAAGCCAACAAAGAUCGUGACGAAUAUUCUUGGCUCCUGUGUACAAAUCGUCAAGUUCACGAACAAGAAAAAUUAAUGUUGACACAGAUAAUAGCAGGAGAUUCUCUUAACAAAUUAGGAAAGAUGGUACACGAAAUGAGGGAAUUAUGGAGCAUCGAACAAUUUUGUGCCUGCCCAGCAGCCAAAGAAUCUGUCACCAACAAAAACAGCAACCAGCAAGUCAGGGAUAUCGUCAGAUCAAUAUUGGGAGACAAAGUUAAUGGAAUUAAAAAGGAAUUUAAAGAUGAGGAUGAUUCCGGUCUAGAUCGUGAGGUUAAAAAGGAAGGCAGCAGUAGUGAAGACGAAGGGAACUUCUCGACUUUACGCGAACUACUCAUACGACCCUCUCACAAACCAAACGGUUCCAGAGCCGCUUCUCCAAUCAACAAAAACGAAUCGAAGAAGAAAAUUUCUCCUCCAACCAAACCCGCCGAUCUCGACGACGUCAUUUCUAGCGUUAUAGAGGACAGCGUACCGCAGAAGACUAUUGAAACCCCAACGGAACCAAAACACGAGUUGAAACAUUUUAUUAGGCGGUACAACUGGCAAGGAAAAGGACGAGUACAAUUACCUAUAAGGAUAAUGACGUUGACAGAGAGUAAAAUGUUGUAUCCUAAUACGCCGCAUAGUUGGUUGUGCGAUGGAAAGUUACUGAGGUUGAGUGAUCCUAUGUGUAAAGAAAAUUACAAAAUUUUUCAGGACCAAUGGAAACGCGGUCAACCGGUCAUAGUAUCCGACGUAACCCGCAACUUCAAUUCCGAUUUGUGGAACCCCGAAGCGUUCGCUCGAGAUUUUGGAGACGAUAAAAAUGAUCUAGUCAAUUGUAUGACAGGCAAAGUAGUACCUAAUCAACCGAUGCGUAAAUUUUGGGAAGGAUUUGAUCACUUCAGUAAACGAUUAAAGGACGACAGAGGUCAACCGAUGUUGCUCAAGUUGAAGGACUGGCCGCCAGGGGAAGAUUUUGCUGAGAUGUUACCUUCAAGGUAUACAGAUUUGAUGAAAGUUUUACCUCUAUCGGAGUAUACUCAUCGGGGUGGAAGACUGAAUCUCGCCGGCAGGUUACCGGAAUGUUUCGUACGUCCCGAUUUGGGUCCAAAAAUGUACAACGCUUACGGUUCGGCGCUUCAUCCGAACAAAGGCACCACGAAUCUCCAUCUCGAUAUAUCUGAUGCCGUUAACGUGAUGGUGUAUGUCGGAAUACCAAAAGAUGCCGAUACCGACGAACAUAUUAAAGAAGCUUUCCGCGCCAUCGACGAGGCCGGUUGCGAUAUACUCACUCGUAGACGCGUCAGAGAUAAAGGAGAACUUCCGGGUGCUUUGUGGCAUAUCUACAACGCCCGAGACGCCGAUAAAAUAAGAGAUCUGUUGAAUAAAGUGGUCGUCGAAAAAGGCGGAAGGUUAGAACCUCAUAAUGAUCCCAUUCACGAUCAAAGUUGUUAUUUGGACGGACCACUGAGGGAGAGAUUGUACAAGGAGUAUGGUGUGGAAGGGUACGCGAUAGUUCAAUGUAAAGGAGAUGCAGUUUUCAUUCCUGCAGGUGCUCCGCAUCAAGUUAGAAAUUUGCACAAUUGCAUCAAGGUGGCGGAAGAUUUCGUCUCGCCCGAAAACGUUUCCCACUGUUUCCAUUUGACUCAAGAAUUCCGCGAUUUGUCAGAUACUCAUUCGAACCACGAAGAUAAACUCCAGAUCAAAAACAUAAUUUAUCACGCCGUCAAAGACUCGCUAUCAACAUUAAGUGCAAUAAUAAACAAUCACCUGAAUGUAAAAAGUGAAAAAGACUCGUCGAGCAGUGAGAGGAGUAAUGGUAGUACGUCAAACGACGCCGAAAAUUCGGCGAAAUCGGACUCUAACGAGGCAACCUGAAUUUUAUUGUGAUAAUAGUCGCGUGUUCUUUUUCCUAUUCAUAGAUUCCAGUUUCUGUUUUGAUUAUUUUCUAUGAUAGACCAAAAUUUCGGUACAUUUAAUGUUGAAUGUAGGACUGUGGAAAUUAUAAUUUUCACGGACUAACCCGAAGCAUUCCGCCGAAUAAAACGAAUUAUCCGCUGGAUUUUUAUAAAUGUGUGAUAUUGACUCUAAAGGGGUGAGAUAUGAGAGGUCACCACACCACGUCCUCUUAUAUAUCUACAUUCCCGAAGACUAUAUAAAUAUAUUUACAAGUGUUUUUCUUUUCUUGUUGUUUCUUCUCAAUGUACAUAUUUGUACAAAACGUGCCUGUUAUUUAAGUUUAUUAUUUUUAUUUGAAUGAUUUUUAAAUGCUGAAUAUAUGCACGGUUUACCUUCCUGUUUGUAGAAACUAUAGGCCAACAGGUAAGCCCUGACCUGUACUCUAUUCUAUUUAAAAAUUCGUUUUUGUUUCAUUGUUCAAUGUACGCGCGCCACUUUAUCGGCGCCCCUCAUAUAAAUUUGUCCAAGCAAUACGCAGAAAUAUCCGCGUAGUAUUCGAAAUUAAUCGUUUUUUGAAAUGUCUUGUAAUUUUGAUAUGAAUAUAUAAAAAUAAUUAACAAUUAUCUGUAGUGAUUAGAUAAAUAUUACCACAAAAACAAUUUCUUCAUACAUCGUUCGGUUUCAAAUUUUUUAUUUAAUUAUUCUUAUUUAAAAUUUAUCUCAUUUCGUACCAAGGGAAGCAGGGUUCCAUUCUUUUUCUGAUUUUAGCAUCUUAAAGCUGUAUAAUGGGUGGUCCAUGAUAAUGUUUAUAAGUUUUUUUUUGGUAUAAAAAUAUUAAACAAAAAGAAAUCUUAAACACUGAAAAAAAGGAAAUACAAGUUUAAAUUAAUAUGAAUAUUUUUGAGGUCAUAUUUCGUGGCUGGUGUAGGAUUUCUAGCUCGAACUUUUCUCUCAAUUACAUCCCUGUGUGUACUACUGUACGGAACCUGCAGAAUGUAGACGGACAUUGUCCUGCAUUAGGAUGAAGUUUUCGUUGAUGAAACUGGCGUAGGGAACGACAUGAUUCCCUAAAAUUUCUUCUAUGUGUAGGUUUGCCGUUUAUCCUUUCCACCGCACGUUUUUUAUGCCACUACGCGCGAAUAUUUCUCCAAGUCUUCUGUACACUCGUCCUUUUCUAUCACUACCAUGCAGGCAUACUCUGCUUUCGUCCGAGAAGAGAACGGAUCCCCAGUGUUCCUCAGUCCAAUUAACGUAGACGGGCUGAGGUUAAUUUGGGGCCAGUAGCUCAAGGGGCUCAAUGUUAGUCUAUUAAGUAUUCUUAUGAUUAUCCAGCCACUCACAACCACAUCUCGCGUUUCUCUGAUCACUUAUUGAACUUGAACACCAGUGAGUGUCCGAUUUUUCAACGAUGUGCUGAUAUCCCUCUGUGCACCUGUAUCUUUUUCCCGAACCGCGUCUUCUAUGAAAGUUACCAGUCUCUUGAUAACGACUUUAAACUCUGGAAACAGCAGACUGAGUCAUUUUAACCGCACUUCUUAUUGUUGACACUGACCUUGUCGCAAUAGAGUGACCGCUUGAGCAGCUUUAUCACUUGUCGUGAGGCAGAAAUCUUCUUUGUUUUUAACGAAGAGGUGUAUAGGUUGACGUUUGAAGGCUAACUCGCAGUGGUGGGUCAGAUAGAUAACCUUUUAUAACGAUCAGUAUUAACACUACUGUAAACCGGCAUAAAAAGGGUGGUUACUGAUCACAACAUAUAGUUGGUCUGUGAGAACAAGAAACAUUAUUAUAUUAGUGGAACUCGUGUUUCACAGCUUUCAGUCAAAAUUUACCCUGUUCUUUGUAAAAAGCUUUCUCCAUAUUAAUAAAUCUAAAUACUGCAUCAUUAUCUCCACGAAUAGCUUUAUCUAUGCAUCAUAUACUUCUUAUACGUCCUAACAAACACCUGAACAAGAUACGCAGUAACGUAACCUCAGUUUUUUUUUUCUUCAAUUAUUCUAAUUUAAAAUUUAAUUUUCACUAUUUGAAUUCUAUGCACAAAAAUGAUUUUCCGUCUACGUAAAUAUAAUUUUUUUUAGUUAUUUUCAGCUAAAAAUUAAUUGAAUUGAAUACAAAACAAUUAUUCAACUCAAAUUUACUCACCACUUUAUAGGGGUGGUAUUUCUGAAAAGGCAAUGCUGAGAAAAUUUUGUUAUAGAAAAAGACCAUCAUAAUUUCAUAGAUCACCUGAAAUCUGUUGUAUGGAUUUAGAAAUACCUUUCAUAUUCACAUUUCAACAAUUGAAUAUUUUCCCUUUCAUCAAUCUCCACCCCUUUACGGACCCAUUAAUGUCAUUAAUCUUUAUUUCCUGUUUUUUUUGCAACUUAAUUGCUUUCUUUAACACAUUUUUAGGUUCAUAUGAUUUUUUUAGAAGAAAAAUUAGAUAAAUGAAUAUAAAAGUUAAUGAUAUAUAUUUUCACUUUGCAGAUCGGUAUAAAUAUUUUACUCGAUUGAUUAAUAUCGGAUAUUUCUGCUGUUGCUGCACAAAGCCUUUUGUAAAUCAAUGUUUAAAAUUAAAAAAAAAAAGUACCAAUGGCUAUUUUUCAACUGAUUGUAUACUGUGCCUGUCAAAAAAGAAUAUUUUUAGCAGUCUGUUAUUCAGUAUUCAAAGUGGGUAAAAACUUUAUUAAAUAGAAGAGUGUUAGAUUUAUACAAGUGCUAUUUCGAAGUGCCAAUUCAUUACUUUAGGAAUUAAUCGCGAGUCAGUGGCGGUGCAAUCGAAAUUUAGGGGGUUAAUAAUGUGACUCGGCGGGUUACGAGGGGGCGUCGCGAGUUGAAAAUGAUCUCGAUUUGUGUUUUUCUUUACAACGAUUAGUGUAAUUAUUAAUUCCAUCGUUUAGCUCAUGUUUCGGAUACUAUUUCCUUAAGAAAAGAAAAAUUGUCAAAAUUUUAUAAUUAUGGUUGAAACUAUAUUAAGAAACCGAGUGUUUAUCUUUAAAUUGCACUACAUUAUCCUGCCUUUGUUGUAAAAAACUACUGGUUGGUUUUUUUCUUUUUGUAUAUUAAAUGCUCACCCCAUAUAUAUAUUGUAUAUUAUUUGGAGGACACACUAUUUAUUUGCUUUCGCAGUAAUGUACAGUAGUAUAAAUUUUUGUACAGUAAUAAAUAUGUUUCCUUUAAUUGCCCGUUCAAGAGGCCGAUUUAGUUUUUUUGUACUAUGUAUAUUAUGUAAGAAUAUAGGUUUGAAUAAGAAAAUGUUUAUUACA